CAAGUAAUGAUUCUUCUCGUCGCGGGAGGAGGAAGGAUGAUCAUGACACGCUUUCUAGUUUUGCUGCUCUUGCUCUUAAUGCUUCUCCUGGGAUUGCUGCUGCUUCACCCGUUUUCUUCAUCAUCACCACCACCACCAUCUUCUCUUGCUGUGGAAGAUAAUGGUCGCUGGAUCAAGAGCUUGCGAUCAUUCUUGGCGAAAAGUAAACCGUGGUAUGAUCUGGGAUCGUCCGGGAACUCAGAGAAGGGACGGAGCGGUCGCAAGCUGCUGUACAGAACACAAUUUGGAGUAUGCCAUCGUGAUACUGUCGCGCAGAGCUGUCAGCCGUUUUACAAUGUAACUUGCAAGCAAGGCGGCUUCCGCUUGGAGUGCUGGUCUUGCGAGAUGAUUCAGAGGUGCACACCUCAGGCAGUGGGCUGCUACUUCCAUUUCAUGGACAAUAUCACAUACUGUGGCUUCUGAAAGCCAUACAGCGUCAGAGAAAAACUGAUCUUUGGUCAGAAAACAAAGAAAAACUUCACUUUUAAUUCGCUGUCUUCGCAGUGCUGAUCUGCGUUCAUUGCCUUGCCGCUCUAAGAACAAUCCGACCAGCCAGACUUUUGAGUAUCUCAAAGGCAGUUGCAAGUAACAAAUUUGAUGUUCAUCACAGCCAAAAGUGGUUUUCAUCUUCAAUA